AUGCCAGAACUAAGCACCGGUCAUUUAUACAAUAACAUUGACUAUGAUCGAGAAACGAUAACUGACAAAACGCUCACUGAAAGUGAAUUUGAUGAUUACGGAUCAACACUGGUGGAUGGCACUGAUGAGGUUGUGUAUAGCAAUUUGGAGACCGGCUUGUAUGGAUUGAAAGGCACUGCUUACGCCACACAAGCUGCUUUACAAGACUUUGAUAGCAUUAGUUUGAUAGUAAAGUACAGCCAGACUAACGGGAAAAUAUAUUAUGAUGAGCGUGGGGCCUACAAUGACGACAGGAAUGAUUCCGAAAGCUCUGGAUCUUUUUACAGCGAUGAUGAAUCUGAUGGUUUGGAGCCAGUUUGGGCAGACAAAGUCGACAGCAAAGGAGAACUCUUCUAUUUAGAGGCCCCUCACCACAAUGACCCUGCCCCUUACCUCAAUAACAACAACCUGGCACAAUCAAACAAUCAUUUAACUGAAUCUGACAAACUGAAGAAAAAGACUGGUCUUGAUAAACUGAAAAAUCUGAUUGGGAAAAACAAAAUUGAAAAAGGUUCAGCAGAUGUACUUAACAAUCAAAUAUUUAAUAACAUUGGACCAACAGGAAAACCAAAUAAUUCUGUGAAAGAUGUUUUGGUUUAUGCUGACCCAUACAGAGAGAUAAGGGGAGUGUCACUAUGUGAGGCACUAUUUGGAAUUAUUCCCGGCCAAUUUGUGCUCCGUAGUUCCCACCCAGCUAGGCCAACUCCACAGUUGAAAAUCCUGGUUCAGGGCCUGGUUCCAGGAGGGGAGGCCAUGCGGUCUGGACAAAUUAAAAUAGGUGACUGGUUGAUGUAUGUUAAUGACCUUGAAGUAAACUGGCACAAUGUGGACAGCAUCCUCUCUGCAAUAACCAGCCCUAAACAGGUGAAGCUGACCCUGCAAAAAAGUAGUGCUGUAACUACAUCAACAGGGGAAAGACAGGGGGCACAGCUAGGACAGGGGGACAAUGAGAUGGUCAAACUUGUCAGCGGGGAGCAAACAGAAAUUGCCACAUGUUCUUCACCCCACCAGGUCAUGUAUCUCACCCUGGAGAGCAAUUCAGAGACUGCCAAAGACCAAGAUGAUUUGAUGUAUGUCUACCCCAGACAAACUGAUAGCAAGCUGGUAGAAAUAAGAGGAAUGUUCUUGACAAUCAGUCACAUGUUACCUGAUGUCACCAAAAAAGCAGCUAAAAAUUCAACAGUCAUGUGUAAUGAGGAACUGGUUCAUGUUGGCUAUGCACAGGAAGGGAAGGAAUUGCUGGUCAUAGCACUCCCAGCAGACAGGGUUGAUCUAUAUGAAAUGGAUCAAGUUAUAGCAAUAACCGUAAGAGCAAUGAGAGUCUUGUAUGGCUCCCUUUCAAGUGCCUUUGGUAAUAAAGAAAAUUCAGGACGCUUGGACCAUUACUUCUGCUUAUUAUUCCAUAAACUCUUAACCAAAUCUCAACAAAGCAGUAACCAAGGGAACAGUUCUAACCAACAUAGUAACAGUAACCAUAGCAAUAAUGUUCGGAUGCUGGAAUUAUUACCUUCAGUGCAAUUUGUCCCACUCGCGGAGGAACUUAAAGUUGAGGUGGAUAAUAUUCUCAGCGACUUUGAAUCAGCAGAUUUUGUGGAUAUGUCAGAUGAUUAUUAUGAUGUCAGGCGACUUUAUUCUAUUCUGGGAUCAUCUCUAUAUUACAAGGGUUGUCUAGUAAGUAGUCACCUACACAGUGUGGACUUAGAGGAUGUGGGUAUAUACCUACAGUGUUACUCCAUCCUAGAUAUCUCUUCCACCAAUAGUAUGGGACAACUGGUGCUAUGGAAGGAGGUCUUCCCAACUAGAAGGUGCCAUAAGCAGGUGGAUCCCCUACUACCAGGGUACACAGAGCCAGAGGGGAGAUGGUUUCUGUUGGUUGUUGGCCUGCAGAACUAUGUACUAGCCACUCUACUUGAGGCAGCUGGUUGUGCACAAAUCUGCGAAGGCCAGCCAAGUCCUGAUCCUUUCUUUGUUGACCAGGCCAGAGCCACAUUGCUUCAGAUGUUAUCCUCUAAUGUGCACAGUCAAUGUCAAGCCAGAAUCUCCAACCCUGCUGGACCGCACACAACAUCUGCAGACCAAAGCUUCCCUUGCAAGACAAGCAAGCAUGAAUCUCCACGCCCUAAAGGCUCCCCAAGGGUGGCUCAUACCCCUAGAGCACCCCAAACACAAAUACACCAUUCCCCUAGGGGUAUGCCAGGAUCUCAGUCCAUGCCAAUGCUCAAGAAACCAAGCCCCCUUCCUGAAAGACAUAAAAACAUAGUGCGUAGUAUGGUGUUCGAGGACCACUCAGAUCCAGAGACCCAGUCUACAGGGAGUAAUAUGUCCACCCCCACCAGUCACAGGAAACCAUCACAAACUUCUGAUGACUCUGGAGGCAGUGGUGGCAGUUCAGGCUUGUUUAAGAGUCAGAAAAAACAAAGAAAGAUGGCGCCAUAUGAUGUGUCAGGCUUAAAGCAGAGUUUAGAUUUUGCAGACAACUCACAAAAUGCCAAGUUGACAGUUGGGGACUGUAACCUGUUCCACUACCUAUGUCUAGACUGGUGUGAUGGUGUUUAUAUUUGCCCUGGACAGACAGAGAGAGGUCCAAACCACAAACAACUGCUUCGUAACUUUUAUGUGAAUGCAACCCGCAUACACAAUCUGUUUCAACAUUCCAUUAAUGCACAUAAUGGUGGUUCACAUGAUGAGUGUCUUGGUGGGGUGACAGAGCAAGGUGUAUUAUUUGAGUGUACACCUGACAACUGGCCGGCUAAUAAGAAACAACCACCUGUGCUACAAUACUGGAUUAUAGGACGUCUAUUCCUUGAGCCUCAAGUACGAGAAGUGUAUGUUUGCCACCAAGAUGGAGCUGCUCAGAACAUUGUAGAACUUGCCUUUAAACUAGGAUUUGGGACUUGCUCAUAACAAUACCUGGUCAGUGUAUCCCCUACUAAUGUGAAAAUAACAUGUUUGGGUUCAUGGAUGUAUUUGUUACAAAUUGCAUGAUGUUGUACAUUGGAAACAACAAAGAUGGUUAUAUUGAUAUUAGACUUGAUAACAUCAAAUAUCAAAUGAUUUCCACAGGGUAGAUGCUUUACCCCAGUGGACUUGCAGCCUGUGACCUGACAACCUGAUUAGACUGAUUCAAAGUAUUGUGAAAUGUACUUAAAUGAAAUGUACUUAUUGCAAUGUUAUGAAAUGUACUUUAUAAAAAUAUUUUGAAAUGUACUAAUUCAAAAUAUUUUAAAAUGCCCUUAUUCAAAAUAUUAUAAAAUGUUUUAUCACAAAGUAUUAUGAAAUGUACUAAUUUAAACUAUUAUGAAAUAUGUUGCCAUGAAUGUAAUAAUUCAAAAAAAUGUACAUUGCCCAUGAGUGCACCCAGAAAAAAGCUGAAAUCUGGCUGGAUUUUUUCAUUGUGACUUUUGCUCAGCUGUACCUCAAUCCUCAUUGAUGACUAAAGAAGAGACAUUGAACACAUCAUCCGUAUUAACUCACACUUAGGUAGCAAUACAAUAGAAUGAAAUGUGUUUUAUUUUUAAGAACGAACAGUUGUAACAAAGAAGAGUGAAUUAUUUUUCUACUGUUUUUUAAGAAUCCACACUUGGCACUUUAUCAAAAACCAGUGCGGCACAAAAGAGGAUUGAUAGUGUAUGAUAGUUUGCAAAGUUUCCAUUAUUUAAAAACAGUAUAAAAAUGUACAUGUACCCUUCUCUUGUUACU